CAUGAUUUUUUUUAUUUUUUUUUAGACAGUGUAAAAGGUCUCCUAAAUAUUGCUGGAUCUUCUUUCUUUCUUUUUGUUUAUAUUCCUUCUGUCACUUUACUCGAUAGAGAAAUAUGGCUCAGUUUAACGCAGAUACAUUUUUGGAGGAAGACCUUACACUCGUUCGCUUGCGUCAGCUGCGUAAAGAUGAUCUGAUAGCGGUUGGACGAAAAAUGUCGCUAGAUCUUUCGGGUUUGAAGACUAAGGCAGAGCUAUUUUCUGCUAUUGCGGCCCGCGCAGAAUUGAUGCCUGAAAGUGUGAGUGGUGAUUCUGAUGAUUGUGAUGACAGAACUAAACUUGACAGUGAUGGGGUACGGCUUGCACUGGCUCAGAUUGAACUAGAAGAAAGAAGAGAUAGGCUGAGAGCUGCUGAGCAUGAGAGGGAAAUGGAAAGGAAGCGACUGGAGUUUGAGAUGAUGCGUCAUAGUGAAAUGGUGUCUCAGAGUGGGCAGUUGGGUGAGAGAGAGAAAAGGUCGAUGGAAGCUGGGUUCUCUGCCAGGGUAAAGCUUAUUCCACAGUAUGAUGAGACUGAUUUAGACUCGUUCUUUCUUUUGUUUGAGAGGGUGGCUAGAAAAAUGGAAUGGCCUGAAAGUGACUGGGCUUUGCUCAUUCAGCAAGUCAUUUCAGGCAAGGCACAGUCUGUCGUGUCUGCAUUGAGCUAUGAUCAUGCUUUUGAUUAUUGGAAAAUGAAAGAUGCCAUCCUUCAGGCAUUUGAGCUAGUCCCAGAGGCAUACCGUCAGAUGUUUCGUGAUCUCAAGAGGGAUCCUGCAGAGACUUGUGUUGAGUUUGCACGUCGCAAAGAGGUUGCAUUUGAUAGAUGGAUCCGGUCUCUGAGAAUUGAGAUGACAUAUGAAUCACUGCGUGAGGUUGUUUUAAUUGAUGAGUUCACAAGAUGCAUGUCCCGUGAUGUUAAAACAUACAUGAAUGAUCAUGCUGUUGUUAGUGUCAGAAAUGCAGCAAUGUUGGCAGAUGGGUAUGAAUUGUCACAUAGAAGUAGCGCGUCGCAGCUUCAACCUCCUAGUCCGUUAGCGAGUGGUUUUGGUUGGAGUAGGUCCGAGACAUUACAUAAGGACGUGGAGAGGUCAAAGUCACCAAAGAGUAAGUUGAGUGGUGGUAGCCAGUCUAAUGGUUUUAGACCAGAGGGCAGGUUGUUUUGUGCAUACUGUAAGAAGGAUGGGCACCUUAUUUCUCACUGUCAGAAACUAAAGGACAAGAAUACUGGUCAGAAUAAAGUCCAGGCCAGCGGUUUUGUUCGGCCGGCUACGGUUUGUGUGGGAGACCCUGUGUGUGUUGAUGGGGUGAAGCACAAGUUUCAUGAUGGGUUGGAUGAAGAGGGUUUCAUGAAACCUGUGAGCUACUUUUCGAAGAAGCUUGAUGUACACCAGCAAAGAUACUCUACGGUAGAGAAGGAGUGCCUAGGUCUGGUGCUGGCAGUUCAACACUUUGAUGUGUAUUUGAGUAGCUGCCCCGAUGUGACCGUUUUCACGGAUCACAAUCCACUAACCUUCCUCGAACGGUUUAGGAACAAGAAUCAGAGACUGUUCCGUUGGAGUCUGUUUCUUCAGCCUUAUGGGCUGAACGUGACUCAUAUCAAAGGAAAUGACAAUGUUAUUGCGGAUACGCUUUCUAGAGUUUAGACAAAUCUACAGUCAAUUGCCAAAUAACCUCCUUAGAAACAACAAACAAAACAAUAAUAAUAAAAAAAAAAAACCGACAACAA